GUGGUGUAAUGGUUCUUAGACCUGAUAGUGGUGAUCCUGUAGAAUAUUUGGAAGUUAUACAAAUAAAAAAAGGUUAUAAAAUUCUUCGUGGUUGUUCUGUUGUUCAAGGUGACGCUGUUACCUUUGAAAGUAUGAAGACCAUUCUGAAUGCUGUCAAAGAAGCUGGUUAUUCUGUACAAAACUUAACUAUUGGUAUGGGUGCUGGUCUAUUACAAAAAGUUAAUCGUGAUACGAUGAGUUUUGCUACUAAAUUAUGUCACAUUACUUAUGCUGAUGGGACACAAAGAGAUAUUAUGAAGGCUCCUAAGACAGGUUCCAGUAAAAAUAGUUUACCUGGUGAAUUUGUUGUAAAGAAAAAUGAUCAUGGUGUAA